AUGGCUGACGAAGACCACACCUUUGAGACCGCCGAUGCCGGUGCCGCUUUGACCUUCCCAAUCCAAUGUUCUGCCUUGAGAAAGAACGGUCACGUUGUCAUCAAGUCCAGACCAUGUAAGAUUGUUGACAUGUCCACCUCCAAGACCGGUAAGCACGGUCACGCCAAGGUCCACUUGGUUGCCAUUGACAUCUUCACUGGUAAGAAGUUGGAAGAUUUGUCUCCUUCCACCCACAAUAUGGAAGUUCCAAACGUCCGUAGACAAGAAUACCAAUUGUUGGACAUUGACGAUGGUUUCCUCUCCUUGAUGACCCAAGACGGUGACACCAAGGACGAUGUCAAGAUCCCAGACGGUGAAUUAGGUGACAAGAUCCAAUCCGAAUUCGACGAAGGUAAGGACUUGUUGGUUACUAUCAUCUCUGCUAUGGGUGAAGAAGCUGCCAUCUCCUUCAAGGAAGCUCCAAAAUUGUAA